UGUAGCAAUCAGUAGUGGUCUGUCAUGCACUGGUUGCGAAUUUGAAUUGAUACUUUUUCCGCUGAUAGUGACGUAGUGAUAACAAGAAGAGUGCCAGCAAUCAUGCCUAAAGAAAAUAAAAGCACGAGCAAAAAGAGCAGACGUCAACACUCCGAUAUCGAUAACGAAAAUAUAUCGAGUGUACGAGAGCCGUUGAAACCUACCGUCGCAGGCAAUCGUUACAGUCCAUUUCCUCGUGAAGCACCAGCAAGAGACUCAAGAAAAGCGAAAGAAAACAUGAGCAUGCCAACGAUCGAAGCAUUGCAUUCACUGAGAGGCGGUAUCAUAGAAAAUGGUAUCAAAUACAUCAUGUUCCCGUUGCACCUUUUGCGCUUCUGUAUAUUCGGAACAAGCUUUUCGGGAUCCGCGGAUUCCAAAGAACACGCAGAGGCAAACGAUAAAAAGGAGAAACGAAGAAGCGAAGAAAAAGACGAGGAAAAGAAGAUGAGGAGGGAAGAGAAAAAGGAAGACACGAAGAUAGGAAGUUCGAGUGACAAGUCUUCGACGAAACCUGAAAGUUUUAGGUCUACUUCCCCUUCUAGAAAUGGAAACAAGGAUCCGUCAUCUCGCAACAAGAAUUGCAGAGAAAAGAGGGACAAUGACAGAUCCAACGACGAAAUGGUGACCGCCGAAGAAGAUUCUGACUCUUCCAACGAACAAUGGAGCAACGCGAAUAGUACGAUGGCAAUGAACAUGUCAUUGGAGUACGAUAACAUGGACAGAUUUAUAUCGUACUCGAUCUUGGAGGAACCCAUGGAUAUAUCAAUUGACGAGCAUAGUUUUAGCAAGAACCCCAUGACGAAUAUAUCCCAACACAACAAAUCAGGGAUACAAAACAAUGCCAUUCGAAGCAAAUCUUCGAAGUCAUACACUGACGCGAAAGACAGCAAUUCCGCUGUAGACGAAGAAAUUGCACGGAUCUUUCAGAAACAGUGCACUUCUUCCGAGGACGAAUUUUCGUCCUCUUCGUUUCCCAAGUCUUUCGCAUCAUGCAAAUACGAGAAGCCGAAGGAGAAUAAUUUCCUCUAUAAGAAAGUGAACAAUAACUACUCCCCGGUUGCAUCUCGGUCAAGGAAAGGAUCGAAGCACGAUACCGAGCGAAAGAAGAAAACGUCGACCGAAUUUGUUGCCAAUAAUAAAAGAAGGAAAGUUAUACUCGAUGAAGACGGAAACGAGAAGGACAUUGAACAUAGGAGCGAAAAGAAAACGCCGGAAGGGAAACGCAAUUCUAGACUAGAUAUUCCAACUAAAUAUAAAUCCCGUUCGCCGAGGACACCAGUAAAAGAUAAAGGAUCGAAGCGGAAAAAUAUAAAAUAUAAAGAAACGGCUACGCAAACGGACAGUGCUUUUUCGACGGAUGACGAUGUCGAAAUGGUCCCAGUCGAUACGAAGCCGUCAGAUCGACAAGUUUACUCGAAAUAUGUAAAUCGCAAGUACCGGAUCAAUCUCUUUCAGGGUAAAGAGUUGGAACAGGAAUUAAAUUAUGUAGCGGAUAACGAAGAUUCGAAUGACGGGUUUUCAAGGAUCGCACAUAAACGAGUUUCGUCGUGCAGUACGUCGUCCUCGUCUACGGAUCUAGGUUUCGAUGAACGGGCAUCUGCAACCCCAGACAUGGAUAUCACAACAGGACAACGGCACACGAACUCAUCUAAUAAUAUAAAUACUUUACGAACAUGCACUCGUGCUCCACCCGGUUUUCCACAACUACCACAGUAUCCACCGUUAACGCCUUUCAUUUAUGAUGUCGAAGAUUUUAUAUUAGUACCGUCAAAAAAUGACGAUGGUACGAACUCGUCACUUAUUAAUACAGUGGCGGGUGUACCACCAGCGCCUUCACCUAUGCGGCAUCUUUAUUAUGAUUAUCCUGAAUUUAUGGAUCUACCUAUUUAUGUUAAUUCCUCUAAAAUUUUGAAUAACAUUUUAAAGAACAACUAUUACCGGUGA